AUGCCGCAGGCUGCACGAUGGGCGGGUACGCCAUCUAUCAAGGGGCGAUCUGAGUCUACGCGGAUGGCGCUGUUGACGUUUAGUUUGGUUGGAUUGCAGUUUACUUGGGGCACUGAGAUGACCUAUUGCACACCAUAUCUCCUCCAACUCGGCUUGACCAAAUCCAAGACCUCCUUGGUAUGGAUUGCUGGACCACUCUCCGGCCUGAUUAUCCAACCUUUGAUCGGCGUUAUCGCCGACCGAUCGCGCUCGAAAUGGGGCCGACGGAGACCGUUUAUGGUCUUUGGCUCAUUCGUGGUGGCAUUCUGCUUAAUUGUUCUGGGAUGGACGGCUGAGAUUGUUGGCAUGUUCGUCACGGAGCCCGAGAAGGUCGGUGCGGCUAAGAAAGUCACUAUCGCGUUGGCUGUCUCCAGCAUAUAUGCAGUGGACUUUUCUAUUAACGUUGUCCAAGCGUGUUGUCGCAGUUUGAUCGUGGAUACGCUCCCGAUUCCUUUGCAGCAGGCUGGGUCUGCUUGGGCGGGCAGAAUGUGCGCCAUUGGCCAGCUGAUUAGCUACGUGGUUGGCUCGAUUGAUACGGUUAGCAUCUUUGGAAGUCUUCUUGGCGACACACAGUUCAAGCAGAUGACGGUCAUUGCGGCGAUUUCUUUGAUUCUCGCGGUGGCGGUGACGUCCUACUCUGUCAAGGAGCGCGUCCUGAUCUCAGCGAGGUGGGUCAACUCAACCAUUCCCAUGGAAGACCGAGAACUCACAGAUGAAAAUAGGGAUUCCGAUGGGAAGGGCGGCGCGAUUCAAGCCAUCUCGCAACUGUUUAGAACGACAAUGGAGCUCCCGCCUCGCAUCCAGGCCAUCUGCUGGGCGCAAUUCUGGGCCUGGAUUGGCUGGUUCCCCUUCCUCUUCUACAGCACCACCUGGGUCGGCGAGACCUACUUCCGCUACGAAGUCUCAAAAGACCAAGUCACGAAGGCCACUGACAUGCUCGGCGAAGUCGGCCGUGUCGGCAGUCUCUCUCUCACCGUGUUUUCCUCAAUCACAUUCCUUAGCUCUGUCCUCCUGCCAUUCUGCAUCCAGUCACCAGAUACCAAGCGCUCGCGUUUCACGCCCCGGCCACCACCCGGCGUCGCCGCGGCUCUCAAAGCUGUCACCGCCGUCCGACCGGAUCUCCAAACAGCCUGGUUCAUCUCGCAGAUCAUGUUUGCCGCCACUAUGAUCUUCGCACCGCUCGCGCACUCGCGCGCCUUUGCAACCUUCCUCGUAGCAGCCUGCGGUAUCCCCUGGGCCAUAAGUGGCUGGGCACCGUUUGCCUUCAUGGGCGUCGAGAUCAACAAAUUGACCAUGAACGGCGGCACCGGUGGUGGAGGGAUGGCAGGGCAAGCUACGCGCUCCGGUGUGACGAUGAUCACUUCCGCGAGUGUGCGCAAUUCAGCGGCCGACACCGAGCUGGAAGUGCUAAGGCUAAACCACCGCGACUCAGACAGUGACGGCGACGAAGAAGACCAAUCCUCAAACAUUCCAUCCACGGGGGAAUUAGCUGGCAUUUACCUUGGCGUGCUGAAUGUAUAUACCACGCUGCCGCAAUUCGUCGGCACGUUCAUCAGCUGGAUUGUCUUCACGCUUCUUGAGCCUGGCGCACAGCCCAACAAGGACAGCGAUUCCUCCGACACGCAGUGGAUGAACCUGGACAAAGACAAACCCAACGCUAUUUCCAUCUGUCUAUUCAUUGGCGCCAUCAGCGCCCUCGUCGCCGCCGAGGCGACCCGCCGCUUGCGGUAUGUUCCCUAG